AUAGCUGUGGAAAAUAUCCCGUGGACUCAUGGGUAAAUUUCCGAUUCCGCCAAUAUGGCGGCUACUUGGCAGGAAUGUGUUGACUUACUUAGUUCAACUGUUUCGUCUUUUUCCAAGUCAGGACUUCCUGCACUAUGUACUACUGUCUGUAAAAGUGAGGAUGUUAUUCUUAAAGGCACAACAGAAGAGGGUUUCUUCUCAUCCUUCGUAGCAUUGUUAUCACACAAUAUUGGCCUAAACAUUGGACAAUGCACAUCAAAUUUGCCACUAAUAAUCAGGGCCUGCAAAGUCUUGCUGAAGUUCUGCUUGGAUAGACUGAAGAAGAAGCAUGAGUUCUGCCCAUUAUCGAAGAGAGAGCUUGUGCACAUCAUAGAAGGGCUCUGCAAAGGGCAUGGUUGUUUGGAUCGUGCUGAUGUCCUGAAUUUGACAGCAGCCUUAGCAGCAUCAGGCCUUCCACAGGCAAUAGAGUCCCCAGCGAGUAGAGACGAGGAUGCAUCUGCAGUGCCAUACUACAGCAAGGAUCUGCUGCAGCAGCUACAACUUGGAAAUACAGAUGAUGGAGAUAGCAAGAGUCUGCAGGCUUCUAGUUGGGACGCAAAAGAACAAACUGCCAACCAAGAUACAAAGAGCUACUUCUCUGACUGCAACAUCAGAGCGUUGCGGGAGCUUGGUGGCGGCCAAAUUUUACUGGACACAUGUCUAGGAUUGCCUUCCCUACGGUACAUUAGUGAAUUCCACGGCAUGAAACUGGACCCCAAGCAAGAAGUGACACUUAAGACCAUCGAUGGUCUAUCUAGUGAUGCGGUGCCAUCAAUCAACAUACAAUGCUUGCAGGAUUUGUGUUCAGAGCUAGCACUGACCUCAAGCAUCCUAUCCCUGCCUGUACUUGAACCUCUUACACCCACCAGAGUACACCAACUUGCUCUUAUUGCACUCGGCUGCAUCAACAUCGCAGUAACUGUUGGCACUGGGAACUUUGCUAUUGAUGCACCUUCGACAACAGCAACAAGCAAGCCUAAAGCCACGCCAGGGAAGCCAUCCUUGAGCAGAGGAGCCAAGGGAACUGGGAAGACAAUUGCUGAGGAGAAACUAGAGAAGUGUAUUGGCACUAUUGUAGACAGGAGUCUUGGUGUGUUUGACGUGAUCUGUAAUCUCAUCGCCUCUUCAUACCGCGCUGGGGGUCAAGUGCUUCAUAACUUCUACAUGAUGUCAUCCUUCAUCAUUCUGAGGACCCUCCAGCAUGUCCUGUACGCUACUACCACAGACGUGCCAGACAAACCCCAAGAUACUGCCUGUGUCAAGUAUGCCUGGCUAUCUGGUACUAAUGGGUAUGUGGUUGCCAUGGCAUCCCGUGCAAUUUCUCUGCUUGUCGCUAUGAUGGAAGAGCUUCAAGUGGAAGGUGUUAUACGUGAGGAUGAUGCUCAACAUGCCGACUCUCUCAAGGUCACCUCAUCCUGUUCAGCAUGGCAGAGGAUGCAGAUAUUAAUGGACAGAGUACCUCUUGUUAACAUUCUUCUCGUGCAGUUUGCCAAUCUAUAUCGUACGGCAUCCAGUGCCAUGGCCUCUAAUCAGACUACCCCAAAGCCCAAAACACCAGCCAAGGCAGACUCCGGAAAGAAAACUCCUUCUCAGUCAAAAAGAGAUGACCCUGCAACUGUGUCCUAUUCAGAUGGGAGUAGUGAGGAUGAAGACUCCCUAUUUGGAAGACUAUUUGAGGACAUCCUUUCCUCUGAUCCUGGUUAUGACAAGUCAGAGGCUUUCUCUGCCAAAGAUGAUACAGAUGAAGGGGACUUAUCUGAAGAGAGUCUGACAAGCUCUGGAAAAGGGACAUCCAAAAUCACUCCAGAAGCUUACCUCUCUCUGGCAGCACGCACAGUGCAGUUUGUUGUGAAUCAUCUCCUGACCAAUCAGCUAACAGAGCUGCGGCAUUAUGUCAAGGAUUCUUUUACACCCCCACUUGUUAAAGGCCUUGCUGCCAUUAUGAAAGAUCUGGACAAAAAUACAGUGCUCUGUAAAGUUUCUGAGUUCGGCUCCCUGUGCAGUGCUGUGGACCAGGCAGGACAUGUGCUUUUGGUAGAAGAAAUAUUGCCAGACACACUCCAGAACCUUCUGCUUUCUGAAUUGGGGCUGUCGCCAGACCAAGAGGGUGCCUGGCCUCUUAGGGUCAGCACCAGGAGUCUGGGUGUACUUGCUAGGGUUCUGCUGGGUAGAAGACAAAGGUUCUAUAAACAGCAAGGUUUCUUGGACCUACCAGACUUUGUGCAGGUCUGGACCAGGUUCAUAAGCACCCUCAAGAACAGUGCAAUGUCAGAAAGAAUUUCUCUUCAGACUGAAGACAUCAAUGUAGAGCAUUUCCAGCUGCUGCUGUUUAUCUUCCAUAAUCUGUCAUUUGCCCAACGUGAAGCACUGCUAAUGAAGUGUUCCGAGGCGCUCAUGGCUGUUGCCAAAUCACCUACCUUAUUGACCAGCACACCGCUCAUUCUGUCAAGGCUGCUUUUGCUUCAAGACUACAUGCUGCAUCACUUCUCCUUACCCCCAGAGGAACUAUUGAAACAGGUCCAGCAUAACCUCUUUAGAAGAAGUUCAAGUCCAUCGGAUGAUGACAUUCCACAGGGCAUGUUCUUCAGUUUUGUCGGGCAAGAGGAGGAAAACUACCAGCAGGCUGCUAUGAAGUACUAUGCUUCUGUUGGCAUGGCAACUGGCCAGACUGACAUAUGCACCAUGUCCCCAAGGUUCUAUGAUGUCAGACCUGCUUCCUCUUCAGUUGAUGACUACCACAUGCUUGACAAGGGCUGCACGAUUCUAUUGAAAAUGAAAGGAGAUGAAGGCUACACCUAUGAUGACUUCUACUCUGCUAUACUCACCCUAAUGAUGGCAGGCACCCAGUGUGACAAGCUACACCAUUCAGGCCAGCCACAGCUGAAACCCCUAGAUGCAGCUGUCAUUCGCCACUGCACUGGACUGUGUUGGCGGCUAUUGGGGUCACUGCCACCAUCAGCCCAGUACUUCAACAAACUUCUCAACGAACUGCAGCUUAAAAGUGUUAGUAACAAGUUAGAGAAGAAGCACUUGUCUUAUCUGCUAUGUAACCUUCACUGGACUGGCCGAAUGUGCAGUGGGCUAGACACCACAUACCAGGACUUUCUCAAGAGCUGGCUAGUGGCGCAGGGAGUCGCAAAAGAAGAUGCUGAAUCCACCCUGGCUACUGCUGUUAGACUGAGUGGUAACCUUACUGAGACGAUCACGAUUACCAAGAAAUACCUGCAAGAGGUGUCAGACUUGAGUGAGUUCUCCGGGAACCUCGAUACUUCAGGCCUUCCUAGCCUUCACUGGGUAAUGGCUCUGAAUCUUAUUGUCACCAAGACACAUCUGAUGCUGGACAAGCUGUUUGGUAAUAUAGACGAGGAUCCUGACCUUACUCAGGUCAUGCAGAUAGCCAAGGAACUGGUGCCAGUAAUCCUCAAACUUAUUCCACCAUUCCAGAAGUUUGCAAGGUUCUCUCUACUAUCUCGUGUGGUGGAAGAGCAGCUGGGGUGCCAAGCUUUGUCAGAGGAAAACAGACGAAUACUCUCGCCUGAGGCCAUGUCUGCCUACUCCAAUGUUAUAAAGAUCGGUUGUAUGCAACUGCCAAAGCAGCCGUCGCUAUCAAUGACAGUUUGCACAGGUCUCCCAUCUGUUGUCCAAGUAGCAAUAUUAAAAUGGAACAACAUGGUGCUGUCAAAUUUCCCAUCCAUUACUUCCUGGCGCAAGAAUGCCAGUGAAGACAGUGCUACCACCAACACCAUAGAAAACUUCCUGGACUCCCUGGUGUCUGCCCACCUGUCAGCCAUGUGCGGAACCAACCCCUUUUGGCUCGCACCAGGUCUCAAGCAUACUCUAAAGUCACUGCUACAGCUGGCAGCUGACCUCAUCAUGUGGUGCCCGAAAGAAGAAGGUUCCAUCCACACGGUGUAUGCUGAAGAGCUGACAAGCAGCUGUGUUCCUCUGAUGGUUGACGUUACCACAGAAUAUGUGGCGGAGAUGACUUCUGGUAUCCUGGAAAGGGUGGUUGGCUGUUCCGAUGGUGAGGCAUUUGCAAGGAGCCUCCAUUGUUAUGUGCUGCGGAAUUGCCAGAAACUACUGAGGGAGCAGGCUAUACUGGACAAAGACAGCCUGUACAUUGGGGAAGAGGUUCUGCUGGAAUGCUGGAAAUAUGUAGAAUCUUUGCUGGAGCGUCAUACUGGACGGGAAUUGCUUGAUGAGGAGUUUGACGGGAAGCAGUUGGUGUAUGUCAUCGUUCUGUCAUCAAACCAGAGCGUCUCCCUCAACUAUGUCAACAGGACACUGAAGCUGCUAGUCAGGAUCCUGCAACUUGGCGAGAAGCAUGCAUCAGAAACAGCCGUCAAGUCUUUGUGCCAUGCAAUGUCUGAGAUGAACUCUAUCCCUUCUUCCGCCCUUGAGGCGUGGCUGACCAGGAUUGUCAUUGGCAUCCAAGAGGACUGUGAGAAUACCGGCAAGAUGGCGGACAAUAGGAUGCUCUUGCAGUCUUUUGCAUCUCACUUGGUCAAAGAUACAAGUGCUGUUAGCCAGAGUGUGUCCACAGCUCUGCUAAAGGCCCUGAUUCCUCUGGGAAGCAAACUGCUGGAGCUCGCAGGGAAGGAGUUGUCCAGUGCUGGGGCCAAGUUCAGUGAUGUGAUCAACACAGCCUCUAUCCUGGCAAGUGGAAAUGACAGCAAUGGACACAUCUUGCUUUGCCAGGCUGCUAUUGGCUGGCUACAUACUUGCCAAUCCGAACUUCACACAGAUGACCCAGCACCCUCAAGGCAGGAGAGCAGUUCUGUAGAAAUGGUAGGCCCGUUGCUAGCCUACCUGGCUGAGCUUGUCCUGGCACUAAGGCACACUAUGUAUAAGGAGAGCCCUCCAUCACCACGGGCUACCCAUACAGAUGGGGAUACCGCUGCCCAGGAGUUGGACUCUGACUGGAUGGACGACAUUGGUGGUGAUGAAGAUGACAGUGGUGGUGAAGAAUCGGACGAGGACUCAUUAAGCAACAAGCUCUGUACAUUCACUGUCACCCAGAAAGAGUUCAUGAACCAGCACUGGUACCACUGCCAUACGUGCAAGAUGAACGAUGGGGUCGGAGUGUGCACCGUCUGUGCCAAGGUGUGUCACAAAGACCAUGAUGUCACUUACGCCAAGUAUGGGUCAUUCUUCUGCGACUGUGGUGCUAAGGAAGACGGCAGUUGUCAGGCAUUAGUCAAACGAGUCCCUAGCAUUAUGAAGGAUGCCAACUCAUCUAAUGCCACGACAGCAGCAUUUGCUAAUGGACCUGAAUCAGACGAGACACUAGAAGAGACAGACAACGCCCCAAGAAGGUCCUCCAGCAGCUCCGCCCUGCAUGGCAAUGGUGGCCAGGGGGGUGCUGGUUCUGCUAGUAUUGCCUCAGGGGGGCUGGGUCCUGAGGAUGCAUCUACAACUCCUAAGGCCAUUCAAGCACUAGCCAGUCAAAUUGAGAAACAAAAGGACUCACUGCUCAAGAUGCUUGAAACUUCACCCCUGAUGACAUCAGUACUGCAGCUACUAAAUUCCCUCAUGAGCCCUGUUCUUGAGUCUAGCGGUCACUCAUCAUCAGCUACUAGUGCUGCCCAGCUCCUAAAGACUGCACUUGAUGACCUUCACACUGAAGAGAAGACAAUCGAGACAUCAGAUCAACUCAUGGUACCUACCCUCGGUUCACAAGAAGGAGCCUUUGAGAAUGUCCGCAUGACAUUCAGUGGUGAGCAAGGACAGACUAUCCGGCAGCUGAUAGGUGCACAUGUGUUACGACGUGUUGCAAUGUGUUGCUUGGCAUCACCUAAAGGCCGUCGACAGCACCUUGCCGUCAGUCACGAGAAAGGAAAGAUAACAGUGUUGCAGUUGUCUGCCCUGUUGAAGCAGGCAGACUCCAGCAAGAGAAAGUUGACCCUGACCCGGCUGGCGACAGCUCAAGUACCAUUCACCGUGCUCUCCAUCACAGGUAACCAGUGCAACGAGGACUUCCUGGCCGUGUGUGGACUGAAGGAUUGUCAUGUGCUUACCUUCAGUAGCUCUGGGUCAGUGGUAGACCAUCUUGCCCUUCACCCACAGCUUGAGACAGGGAGCUUUAUCAUCAAGGCUGUGUGGUUACCAGGGUCACAGACAGAGCUUGCAGUGGUCACAGCGGACUUUGUAAAGAUCUACGAUUUGGCCACAGAUGCCCUGAGCCCACAGUAUUACUUUGUGUUACCUAGCGGCAAAGUGCGUGAUGCCAGCUUUGUGUUCCAUGAUGAUGAACGCAGUAUGGUUUUGAUGUCAUCCUCUGGCCACAUUUACCUACAGCCGAUGGACCAGGCCAGUGCAGCCACAGGGGGCCCAUUCUAUUUGACCAACACGGUGCCUGUGUCUCACCCUGAGCUUGAAGAUGCUAGUGGGGGUCCUGUGGCGGGAGGUGGCGUAUCUGUUUAUUACUCGCACACCUUGCAGCUACUGUUCUUCAGUUACGCUCAAGGCAAGACCUACAUGGCAACAUGGCUUAAAGGUCAGAAGGAGAUCACCCAAGUGUUUCCCAUCACCUUCAAGAGCACCAUAGGGAGCAACAAAAACUCCCAGGCCGCACUUUGCCAGUGGAAUGAGGUCCCCUUGCAUCCGGGACUUGUGUGUAGCAUGACCCAUAACAAUGGGACCCCUGUGGUGCUGAUGAUUAAGCCAGGCCAAGUGCUGAUUCAAGAGAUUAAGGCAGCCUCAUCAAAGGCAAAGACUCAGGAUAUGGUGGCAAUUCGUCACGCCGUGAGUAACUCGGAGCAGCAGCGAACCACCAUGAUCCUACUGUGUGAGGAUGGAAGCCUGCGUAUCUACAUGGCUAGCGCAGAGCAUUCUGGGUACUGGAUGAGCCCAUCCCUUCUACCUAUAAGGCCCUUGGCUACCCUUCGUCCAGUGAAGAAGAAAAAAGUUACAAAGACUCGGACCAAGUCCAGCUCUGUCAGAUUUCCAAUCGACUUCUUUGAGCACUGUCAACCCCUAAAUGACAUAGAGCUGGGCGGGGCAGACCUCCUACAUGUGUACAAUGCCCAACAAGCAAAGCAUCGCCUAGCAACGGCAGGCAUGUAUAUAGCAAGUACUAAGCCAAAUGGGUUCACAAUAGAGAUCACCAACACCAACCCAGGAAUGGUGAUUGUUGGACUAAGAGUACUUGUGGGUUGCCAGUCAUCCGAGAAGGCACCCUCAUUCCUGGAACUCUUUGACCAUCGUGUCAUCCAACUGUCAUUGACCAGGAACAGAUGGUUUGACAUACCAUUUACCAGGGAGGAGUCAAUCGCUGCUGACAAGAAGAUACCACUGUUUGUCGGACAGUCUCUUGACCCAUCUGGUGUGACCAUGGUCGACUCAAUAAAGGUGUAUGCCAAGACCAAGGAGGCAUUUGGCUGGCCUGAUGAUCCUCAUGAGGAAUUCCAAGCCACACCGGGUGCUGGAGUACCGAGUGCUGCGGCCCAGGAAAGCGAACUGGUAACGUCAUCUGCCCCUGCAAGUGCAGCAGACAAGCUUGUUGUCCAUCUCCUGGAAGUUUUGGAUGGCGGGUUUUCUGUGUUCUCUGGUGAUGACAAGGGUCUCAGGCAGCAAGGGUUAGAAGUAGCAACAGCCUUGAUGACUAGCUCAGUGCCCCCUUGCAUACAGCAGCAGACAAGGGCACUGCUGGCGACACUUCACCCUAACAAGGGCUCCUACCACAACCAUAAGGACCAGGCCCAAAUAUGUCAAGUGAACCAGUACCUGGCUGAGCACUCUUCAGACCAGCAGGAACCUUUGGAUUCGGAGGUAUUCCAAAGGCUUGUGGUGAGUGCGCGAUCUGUAGCCGUUUCAAGACCUGCAAACCUGGCAAAGUUCGCAUGUAUUAAGGACACAAGUGAAGAUACUGCAAGACACCCUGAUGGACAUUUUGUCUCGGCAUUGAUGGAUGCAUUCUGGGAACUGCACAAUUGCCGUCCUAAGAUGCUGUCAUUAGCUCCAUUAUCUGUGAUUGGCAUGCAAGAUGUUGAGUCUACCGUGACCGCUCUGGUAGAUAUCAUUCACGCCUUUGCCAUCUCAGACACGUCUUAUGUCAAGACUGUGGUCUCCCUGUAUGUAAGGCUUUUACUAUGUGAGGAUCCCUCUGUCAGCUUUGCCUGUAAGCAGGCCCUCAUCAGGCUGCUCCACCCGAUACAAAAAGGCCGAAACAGGGAUGGUCCCACCCCACCUCCCUGCAGCACCUCCCCAGUAGGAGGAGCUACUCAAGAGGAGGAAGACGAUGAUGAGGAUGAUCCCGAGAGGGAGGGGGAGAGGUCAGACUCUGGACAAGACGAACCUGCACCAUCAGGCCCAGGAGAGGGUGCCUCAGCAGAGCAACAACAACAACCCCCUUCCCAACAACCUCCAGCAAAUGGCAAUGAUCCAAACCAGAGCUCUCAGUCGUCUGCACCAGCAGUCAGUCAACUGGAGUCAGUCAUCAUGGGCGUGGUGGACCUGCCAAAUGAUGCUGAUGAUGAGACCAUGAUGGAGCUGGCUAUUGCGCUCAGCCUUCAGGAGCAGAACCCUGAAGCAGGUAUCAUCCAUGGAUUGUCAUUAGCUGGUCAGCAAGUGGCACAGAGUUCACUCUCACUUGAAGGUGGCAACUUGUCAGAUACUACGGCAUCGGCGCCUGGAAGUGAAGACGAGUAUGAUGCCCCUCCCAGUAGUGCCCAGGGCUCUGCAGGUCAUAGUGCGCCCAGGUCUCCUUUGCCACAGUACGUAUCUCAGACAGGGCCUGGUUCCGAGAGUGGUGGCAGUGCUGACUCUAUAGCGGUAGAGCCUGGGUCUAGUGUGGCAACAGCAAGCAUUGAUGGGGAUCGUGGAGGUUCAGAGACUGGACACCGUAGUACCAGCAGCCAUUGUAGUGAUGAUCAGCGUGCCCAGGAAGAAAGUGAAGCAUUGGACCAUGACCGGCUUCACUCCCUGCAGCUACUGCUUCUACAAGAACUACUGUCUUACAUGGGAGAGCUAAGAGAGAUUGGAGGGGUUAGGGCCAUUCCAUAUAUGCAGGUACUGCUAAUGCUGUGUUCUGAUCUUGAGGACAAUGAGCCGGACAGAUCUGCUCUAGACUGUGUCAUCACCAAGUGUCUGGCAGAGCUGGAGCUUGACAAAAAGAAUUACCAGAAGAUGUCGGAGAGGAAUGAUCAGCAUGAGGUCCAGCUGAUUAUCAUGCGUUUCUUAAGUGUUCUCAUGUCCAGGACAAAGUCAUCAAGCAGAACAUCUAGUGAGGCGCCGUCCAUCGUGUGCUGUAGAACUGCUACCAGACUGGGUGAAGUGAGCAUCGUUGAGCACUGUCUGGAGUUACUCAAGUGUCUGUUGACCUACUGGAAGGCACUAGCAAAGAAAGAGGAGGAGGACCCGUCUAACAUAAGUGGAUCCCUUCUAAAGUCACAGCCUUCCAAUCCUCCCCCAGACAUGUCACCAUUUUUCCUUAGGCAGUAUGUCAAGGGUCACGCCGGGGAUGUGUUUGAGGCCUAUCCACAGUUGCUGACUGAGAUGGUACUGAGACUUCCUUACCAGGUCAAGAAGGUUGCAGACUCUAUUGACGAUUUUUAUACCCCACAAUUCACAGACGAGUGGAUGGAGAAUCUUUGUGAAUACAUGAUGGUUCAGCAAACACCCUUUGUGAAGCGCCAAGUGAGAAAGUUGCUGAUGUUCCUCUGUGGCUCAAAAGACAACUACCGCCAGCUCAGAGAUCUGCAUGCAUUAGACUAUCACAUGCGAGGAGUUAGGAAUCUGAGUUGUGAUGGUGGCUUUGACCCUGACCAAGCCAACAACCUGCCUGUUGUGUUGUCCUAUGAUGCGCUUAUCACACUGAUCGAGCAUCUCAAAGCCUGUUCCGAGGUGGCAUCCAGCCGAAUCAGCAAUUGGCAAGCUUACUGCAUACAAGAAAAGAGCGGCUUGUCGUUCCUGUUGCGCGCUAGUUACCUGUUUGAAGAAGGCGUUGCUCCCCUGAUUCUUCAGCUUCUGUCUUAUGCCAUCUGUGGGGCUAAGGCUGUUGUGGCUGGCUCCUCGCCCACCAAGCCACGCAAAGACAAGGACAAAGACAAGGAUAAAGAGACUGAAAAAGACAAAGGUGAAACAGAUUCCAAAUGCGAAGCGACAGCAGCGAAACUUGUUCAACAGCUGCAAGAGUUUGUGGACAUGGGGAUCAUGUGUCAAUUUGUGCGCAGCUUUCUGCUAGAGUCCAACUCUACGGCCAUGCGAUGGCAGGCACAUGAGCUUCUGUGCAAGAUUCACAAGCACUCCACGCCAAGCCAGCAAGACAAGCUGUCAGAUAUGAUGUGGAAGAUCUGGCCAGAGUUGCCUGGCUAUGGGCGCAGGGCGGCCCAGUUUGUAGAUCUUCUCGGUUACUUUACCAUCAAGAGUGCUGCAAAGACAGACAAGUUCAACUCAUACUGCGAAAAGGCUGUGCAACUACUGAAGACUCAGAAUACCAUCCUUGGCAACCACCCGAACUCCAACGUGUACAGGAUGUUGUCUGGCUUUGUCGAGUUUGAUGGCUACUACCUGGAGAGUGAUCCAUGUCUAGUAUGCAACAACCCUGAGGUCGCAUUCCAGAGCCUGAAGCUGUCGUCCAUCAAGGCAGAUUCCCGGUUCACCACCACCUCCCAACUCGUAAAACUCACUGGAAAUCACACCAUCUCACGCAUAACACUGCGAGUGGCAGACCUCAAAAGACAGAAAAUGGUUCGUACCAUCAACUUGUACUACAACAACCGUACUGUCCAGUCUGUGGUAGAGCUGAAAAACAAGAGACCGCUUUGGCACAAAGCAAAGAAAUGUCACCUGACCCCAGGGCAGACAGAACUCAAGGUUGACUUUCCUCUUCCAAUCAUCGCUUGUAACUUAAUGAUCGAGUACGCUGACUUCUAUGAGAACUUCCAGGCAUCCUCAGAGACUCUUCAAUGUCCUCGGUGCAGCGCGUCUGUGCCCGCUAACCCUGGUGUGUGCAGUAACUGCGGCGAGAACGUCUACCAGUGCCACAAGUGCCGAUCUAUCAAUUAUGACGAGCGUGACCCGUUCUUGUGUAAUGCCUGUGGCUUUUGCAAGUAUGCCAAGUUUGACUACACUCUGACUGCUCGUCCCUGCUGUGCGGUGGACCCAAUAGACAACGAGGACGACAGGAAAAAGGCUGUAGCCAGUAUCAACUCCCUGUUGGAGCGCGCUGAUCGCGUGUAUCGCCAACUCGUGGCCCACAGGCAGCCCCUGGACCUGCUACUAACACGCAUAAUGGAGCACGGGGACGCUGAGUCUGAGGGUAGUAGUGUAGCUGGGGUACCGGCCGCGACGUACGCCUCUGCUGUCCAAACGGGAACCACAUCAUCAUCCACUGUCAACAAGUCCAUCCAGGCGCUGGCUCACCGCUACUGUGUGGAGUGCAAGACAAACUUCGACGAUCUGAGCAAGAUCACGCAGAAAGUGCUAGCCUCUCGCAAAGAACUCCUAGAGUAUGACUGCCGCAUUCGAGAGGGUACCAUUGACAGCUCCCAGGGUUCAACCCGCGACAGGACCUCUCACCCUUCCAUGCUGAACCACGCCCUUCCCCGCAGCUUGUCCAUGCUGCAGAGUGGUAAGGUGGUGCCGGGAACCUGUUAUGGAUGUGCUGCUGCCGCUACUGAACACUGCGUCACCCUGCUCCGAGCACUCGCCAUGAUCCCAGCCACAAGGGAGAGGCUUGUGGAGGAGGGCCUCAUUCAAGAACUUGUUGACUUCAACCUCCAUCAAGGCACAGCCCAGAUGCGUGGUGACGUUAGGCACUUGCUAUGCCUGCUGACCAAGAAUAACGUGGGCGCUACUGAGAAACUAGACCACAUCCUUGAGCAGAGAGUGACAGAUGCGUUGGCAGGGCAACGCUCCAACCCCGCAAUGGUGUCUGGUAUCGGCCGAGAGAUGCUGUUGCUUAGCAACACUAUAGAGAUGGAGGACCAAUGUUGGGAGCAGCGUUUGCGUUGCGUCAUGCGGGUAUUCAUGAUGUCGGUUGAGGCGCACAGUCCGCUAGUGAUGGAAAGCAUCACCCUACCUUGCCUGAAGAUCCUCCUUCGCCUUGUCAAGCCCCCUGCCCCUACCAGCAAGAAGAACAAAGGUAAAGACUGGGAUAGCCUUGGCACCAUUAAAGGUAUUGGCGAGAUUCGUACCCAGGCCAAACGCUGGCUUUCUGAGGAACCCGGCCACAGCUACAAGGACUGGAAACAGCAGGCACUGCAAAGGCCGCAAAGGCCGAUGGGACCCCAAGUAGUGGGCAAGGAGAGCAGGGAUGAAGCAAGAAAAAGGUAUCUGAUGGAGAAGUUCGUGCGCAAGUGGAAGAAGCGCACCAAGCGACAGUCACCCUCAGAGGCAGACAUUCCCGAGGAGGGGUGGCUGAGACAGGCUCUGUUCACCCCAUCAAGCCGUGCGGCCCGGCAAAUCGCGUGCACCAUCGUGGAGUCGCUUUGCCAGGGUCCCAACCGUCGGAAACACAUGCUAGACUUGCUAACAAGUUUCCUGGACGAGGUUGGCUCAGCGGGUGAGAAUGCCUCGGAGUACUUCCAGUUGUACCAGCGUCUCAUCCAGCCCAGCUACUGGAAGUUCUACUUGUCACUGCAAGGUGCCUUGCUGCAGAUAGGACAGCUCAUCACUCAGGAGAUUGAGAGGUUGUCAUACCUUGAGCAGAACACACUGAGCUCAGAUUUGUCACAGGGAUACGCACUCAAGAUGCUCACAGAACUGUUGGCUUCGUUUAUCGAGCAUGACAGUAUUAAGCAGAAGUUCAAGGGCAAACUUGUGGGGACGGUGCUGAAUGGCUAUCUCUCCCUGAGGAGAUUGAUUGUACAGCGCACCAAACUGAUUGAUGAGACACAGGAGCUUCUGCUUGAGCUACUGGAGGAGAUGACAACUGGUACGGAGGUAGAGACGCGUGCAUUUAUGGCUAUAUGUGUGGAGACGUUGAACAGAUAUGGCCUGGAUGACUUGCGAACUCCCGUGUUCAUCUUUGAGAGGCUCUGCAACCUGAUCUAUCCUGAGGAGAAUGACAUUGGUGAAUUCUUCAUGAGUUUGGAAAAAGACCCCCAACAAGAGGACUUUCUACAGGGUCGGAUGCAGGGCAACCCGUAUAGUUCUAACGAGCCUGGCUUGGGGCCCUUAAUGCGAGACGUGAAGAACAAAAUUUGCACAGAUUGCGAAUUGGUAGCACUUCUGGAAGAUGACAGUGGAAUGGAGCUGCUUGUCAAUAACAAGAUCAUUAGCUUAGAUCACCCUGUGAAGGACGUGUACAAGAAAAUCUGGUGCCCAGAGGGCGAGGGUGAACCGAUGCGGAUUGUAUACAGAAUGAGAGGUUUACUUGGUGAUGCAACUGAGGAGUUUGUGGAGAGUCUGGAUGACAACAAUGAAGAAGACGUGGAUAACGAAGAGGUUUACAAGAUGGCGUCCGUCAUGUCCGUCUGCGGGGGACUAGAAGCCAUGCUCACCAGACUGAGUGGAAUACGUGAUCUGUCUCGUGGAAAACAACUAGUGCAAGUAAUUCUGAAGUUGCUGAGCUACUGCGUCAAACUGAAGGUGAAUCUGAAGUACUUGUGCAACCCGUCACUCAACGCUUUGAACGUGUUACUGGGAACGCUCAACCAGGCGUUACAGAUGGAGCAGGAAUCUAGCGGAGUAGGCGGCGCCAUCAUCGCAGAGGAGGUGCUACGUAUCAUGGAGACCAUCCUGCAAGAAGCGACCAGCUCAGCCGAACCCACCCGCACCCAGACUCAACAGGACAGCUCCCAGCUCGACACGCUUCUCGACAGGAUCACCAGUCCAUUUGUGCGAUCGAACACAAACGUGCUUCAAGCAAUGAUGCGAAUUAUCCCAUUCCUGACGUUCGGUGACGAGAAGAACAUGAAGACACUUAUAGUUCACUUCCUUCCCUACCUGGACUUCAACAAGUUUGAUGUUGAGCGAUCCACGGACGAGACCCUGUUUAUCGAUUGCUUUUGUAACAUCGCUGGAGGAAUAGAGAACAAUCACAGCGGACUGAGGCUGAAGGAAAUGAUCAUCACGAACAGUAUCGUGGAGAAGGCCAUCAAAUACCUGCACACUUACACUCCACAAAAGCCAAUCAGCAAAGCGAACCUAUCCGAGGUGGAUGCGUGGAAAGAGUUCCUAGCGCGCCCCUCGCUACCUUAUGUUCUGCGUCUUCUAUCUGGUCUGUGCAGAGGAGAUCCUCAUACACAGUCCAUUGUGGGCGAGACAAGCAUUCCCGUCAUUCAUCGUCUGGAGCAAGUGUCAUCUGAAGAGAUGGUGGGAUCCCUUGCUGAAAACCUGCUUGAAGCAUUACGAGAAAGCCCACAGGUUGGGAAAAAGGUGAAUGAAGUUCGUCGUCAAACAAGGACAGAGAAGAAAAGGCUGGCAAUGGCGAUGAGGGAGAAACAGCUAGGGGCGCUAGGCAUGCAGACCAUGUCUGGAGGUAAGAUUGUCGCCAAACCCUCUAGCCUCAUGCGUGAGAUGGAAGACCUAUCAGAGGAGACCGGGCUCGUCUGCUGCAUCUGCCGUGAGGGCUACAAGUACCACCCUCAGAAGGUCCUAGGUAUCUACACUUUCACCAAGCGAUGCAUCCUGGAGGACUUUGAGAACAAGCAACGGAAAACGCAGGGUUAUUCCACUGUUAGUCACUUCAAUGUCGUCCACUAUGACUGCCACAUGGCUGCCGUCAGGCUGGCCCGUGGUCGUGAUGAGUGGGAGAGUGCAGCGCUACAGAAUGCCAACACCAAAUGUAACGGACUCAUGCCUAUCUGGGGCCCUCUGGUGUCCGAGUCCGCCUUCGCAAGCUGCCUAGCAAGGCACAAUAGCUACAUCCAAGAGUGCACAGGUCACAUGGAGCCCACGUACUACAUGGCUGUCCACGACCUCCGCUUGCUGCUCACUCGCUUUGCGUUCGAGAGAUCCUUCAGUGACGAUACUGGCGGCGGCGGGCGUCAGAGCAACGUGCACUUUAUACCGUACGCGGUGCACAUGAUACUCUAUGUCCUGAAUACGACCAGACAGAGAAGCCGGGAGGAGAAAACCCUGAAAGCGUUCCUGGAGGCAUCACCCGAGAAAUUUGUUGAGUCAUGUUAUGAGGUCGACAGCCCGUUCUACCACACCCUGCUGUCGCUGUUUGUCUACUCGUACGACCAGUGGCAGGAGCAUCGCAUGGCAUUCUACCGAAGGCUACUCGCUACAGUCCACAUCCGACACAGCACUCCCGCGGGAUCCAGCAAAGUGUCGGACACGAGUGUCCUUCCAUACACUGUCUACCGACCUGCGGUGAUCUACUUCUUCUUCCUCGACCAACUCCAGAGCAUCUUCAAGAAAAAUCUGGUGAUCUCAAGCGGUACGAGCUGGCCUCAAGCGAUGGCAGAGAACAUCCGCAACAAUGACGAAACGAUCCUGAAAAGCUGCGAUAAGAUCCUGACAUCCUACCAGGAGGAUCUACUUCCCGCGGAAUCCUUCAUGGAGCUGUGUGACGUCGCUGGGGUUCUAGACCAGCUGGACAACGUGGACACAUUCCUGUUGGACAUAAUCUCCGGACUGCCGCAGUGAUCACACGCCUACCGACCCCAGCAGAGCGCAUUAGCUCAACUUAACAACGUAAUACUAACUUAAAUAAAGAUAAAACUGUAACAGGCUAAGCUGUGGAUUGAGACAAGAUAGCUGCACCUGAUCACCUUAAGCAAAUGUUUUCCUAACAUCCUGACUUAUGGAUGUUGUGAUGUCUUGACUGUAACAGGUUAAGCUGUGGAUUGACACAAGAUAGCUGCACCUGAUCACCUUAAGCAAAUGUUUCCCUAACAUCCUGACUUAUGGAUGUUGUGAUGUCUUGACUGUAACAGGUUAAGCUGUGGAUUGACACAAGAUAGCUGCACCUGAUCACCUUAAGCAAAUGUUUCCCUAACAUCCUGACUUAUGGAUGUUGUGAUGUCUUGACAGUGACAGAUGAAGACUGUUAUUUGCUGGGAUUUUCCGAUCAAAUGUAGUAAUAAUUGUCGAUUUGCUAGAUCGCGCCCGUAAUAAAUUCAGAUUAAUCUUAUGGA